AUGAAAGUUGGUCUCCAACUACUUCUGCUUGCCAUUGGGUUGGAGUCACUUGUGGCUCUCGUCAAGUCCCUGAAUCUUUCCAACAUGGCUCUUACUGGCAGAAUUCCACGUGAUUUUGGAAACCUCACAUUUCUUGUUUCUCUUGACCUGGAAAGCAACAAUUUCCAGGGAAAUCUGCCUCAAGAAAUGGCACACUUGCGUAGGCUUAAGUUUCUUGAUUCAAGUUUCAACAACUUCAGCGGGAAGGUUCCUUCUUGGUUUGGAUUUUUAAACCAACGUCAAGUUCUAAAUCUUAGGAAUAAUAGUUUCACUGGUUCCCUUCCUUCUUCAUUUUCUAAUAUAUCCACACUUGAUACUUUGAAUCUGAAUUUCAAUUCCAUAGAGGGCCAAAUACCAAAAGUGAUUGGAAACCUUAGAGAAUUAAACUUGAGGGGUAACAAUCUCAUAGGAUAUAUUCCUCUGUCACUCUCGAAUGCCUCAAGGUUGGAGAUUUUAGAUAUAUCUUAUAAUUCACUUCAAGGAAAUAUCCCAGAAGGGAUCGGCAAUCUUCACAACAUGAACUGGUUGGCCAUACAAUAUAAUAAACUUACGGGUUCUAUACCAUUCACAAUUUUCAAUAUCUCAAGAAUUGAAUUCAUUGCAUUUACUAGCAAUAGCUUAUCAGGAAGUCUUCCAAAUGGUUUAUGCAAUGGUCUCCCAAUACUCAAAGGGCUUUAUCUGUCCACAAACAAGAUUCGUGGUAAUAUGCCUACAAGCUUAUCAAAUUAUUCACAACUUCAAGUAUUGUCUUUAUCAUAUAAUGAGCUUGAUGGACCAAUACAUGGUGAAAUUGGAAGAUUGAGUAACUUGCAGAGCUUGGCGCUCGGAACUAACCAUUUCACUGGUGAAAUACCCAAAGAGAUAAGCAAUCUCUUUGAGUUGGAUGAACUUAAUCUUCAAUUUAAUAGUUUUAGUGGUUCACUUGAUAUGGAGAUCUUCAACAUAUCAGGGCUGAGAAUAAUUGAUCUUUCAUUCAACAAUCUAUCAGGAAGCCUUCCACCAAACAUAGGUUCAAUCGUACCCAACAUUGAAGAGCUUUAUCUGGGAUCUCUUCUUAAUUGUUUAGGGAACAUCACUUCGCUUAGGGAGAUACAUCUUGGUUCCAAUAAAUUGAGUUCCAAUAUACCAUCAAGCUUAUGGAAUCUUGAGGAUCUAGUGGUUCUUGACUUAUCAUCAAACAACAUGGUAGGUUCCUUACCUCCAAAAAUUGGAAAUCUAAAGGCUCUAACAAAGAUGGAUCUAUCGAUGAAUCAAUUCUCAAAUGUAAUUCCAAGAGAAAUUGGAGGAUUGUAA